AUGGAAGGUGAACAAUUUUCGUUGUGCUGGAAUAAUUUCCAUACAAAUUUAAGUACUGGAUUUCAUUCCCUGCUAAAAGAUGAGGAUUUAGUUGAUGUCACCUUAGCAGCUGAAGGAAAGUUUUUAAAAGCCCAUAAAACAGUUCUAUCAGUAUGCAGUCCCUUUUUCAAAGAACUCUUCAUAGUCAAUCCCUGCAAACAUCCCAUAGUAAUUCUUCCAGAAGUAAACUAUAGUGCACUAUGCAGUUUGUUACAUUUCAUGUAUCAAGGGGAAGUGAGUGUUAGCCAAGAAGAAAUUCCCACUUUCAUGAGGGUAGCAGAAAUGUUGAAAGUGAAAGGAUUGACUGAUAAUAAUGCACCAUCUCCCACAGAUACUAAUGGGUAUUCAAGUUCCAAUAGAAACACAUUUGGUUUUCCUGACCAAAGACAGAACAUCAUGAAAAGACCCAAACCUGUAAAGAAAUUAAUUCGUCCCAUUCAGCAUUUGAGACCUAUUGAAAGUCCAAAAUCAUCACCAUCUCCUCAGCCUCAUCAACAAUCACCCACAUUCUCACAUCCUCCUCCAAGUAAAAAAACCCAUAUUGAAAAUGACAUACUGCAGAUACCCACCUCAACUAUACCACAAUCUGUUCUACAACAAAAGCUAGAGAACAAUCAAGAGUCUCUUAUCAUGCCCAAAGAGGAACCUUUAGACCAUCAAGAUGAAGCCAUCACAUCUCCAUCUCACUCUGGUGAAGAACCUAACAUGGACAUAUCCCACAUGCUGGAUACAACGUUAGGAGAACCGUCACCUUCUCACUCCUUUCCUGCAUGGCCCCCAAUCGAAUUUCCAUUGCCACCUCCACAGGAUUCUUCUUCACCAGGUACCCUCCAGUGUAUCCUGAGUAAAAGAGGUAAUCCCAGAUUGAUAUUAGACGGCUUUGCUUUUUAUAAAAAAAGCGUGUACAAAGGAAAAGCCUUCUGGUAUUGCAAAAACAGUCGCACGCCGGAAAAAUGUCCCUCGGUGUGUUGGACGAUGAACGGCAACAUUGUAAAAUGGCCGUGUCCGCACACACAUCCCGCCAUUCCAGACAUUUUCAACCCCGAAGAAGAUGCAGAAGUUCCUAUUGAAAAUUUACAAGAAGUUUUGUGGCAAACGUCAUUGAACUGAGACUGUUGACUGUUUGUUUUCGAAAUUAUCGACGUUUUUAUGAGGAUGCACCCCCACUUUUGAUCUUGUUUAUUCCAUGGGUGAAUUGAUGAUGUAAAAUAAGGAAGGUCUCUUCUACAAGGAUCUUUUUCUGUCGACUCUUCUUCAGAUCUCUCAAAUUUCCUUUAUUGCGUCUGAACUUCUCGAAUAUUCCGAGAGGGAAGUGGACGCUCUCGAAACCGAAGCGCAUAUUCUCUACACGCAGCGGUUGCAGUAAAACUGCAUUUAUCAUGCGAUAAUUUUUUUCGAAAAGUGUUUCAGGUACUUACAUAUUUUUGUCUGAAAAACACGAAUUUGAUAAUGAAAAUGUGAAAAAACC